AUGCCACUGUCGCUGCCACCUCAGGGCGACCACGGGCAGUCCAGUCCGUCCAGGACCCCCAAGAAGCACGCCUCCUUCCAUAUCUGGCGCUCCAAGAAGAAACAGCAGCCUCCGCGGUCUGACUGUGGGGUGUUCAUUCCGCACCCGCCCCCGGCGUCCCUCGGCGAGGCCAGAGCUUUGGAGGUAGUGGAUGGAGGCCAUGUGGCUGGAGAGUGCCAAGAAUUUACAUUGCGCUGCGGGGAGUCCCGGUUCUUUCACACUGCCUGUGAGGUGCCUGGUCCUUUACCUACAGAGUCUGGAAUGUUUAAAAAGUCCAGCGCACAACCACCAGAAGAGAACAAAAGGAAACCAGUUUUGGGAAAACUCGGCACUCUGUUCACGGCAGGAAGGAGAAGGAACACCAGAAACGGGUUAGAGAGUCCCACCAGCUCAAAUGCCAAAUCAGUCUCUCCCAAAGAAGUAACCUCUUCCAAACUCCCCGAAACAGAGACUGAGAAGAGUCAACUUCAGGGCAGCCAACGAAAGCAGACAGACACGUGCGAGGAGGGCUCCCCCCAGGAGAAGUGCCAGGAGCCGGAGGGCCAGCGCCCCGAGGGCUGCGUCCAGGCGGCCCCCCCGGACGCCGAGCGGUCACCUGGCUCGGGCAGCCGUGCAGCGGAGGCGGCUGUGCAGCAGGGCCAUGAAAGUGACUCACCCCAAUUAGAACCUCUGGAGGCAGAGGGAGAGACUUUCCCAGAUGCCACCACCGCUGCCAAGCAGCUGCAUUCCUCACUAGGGAAUUCCUCCGGGCAGGAGAACGCUUCGCCCGGCGCUGGCCGCGAGCAGGAGCCAGCUCGGGGAGCGAGGGGCGUGCCGGGCUCGCCCGCCGGGGAGCAGCCGGCCGACGGGGCCGCCCGCGUGUGUGCCCAAGGAGGCUCUCCGGAGCACCAAGACGCGCUGAGCCAGCCCCCCGAGGACGCAUCGGCUCCUGCGGGCCACCGUCCCGCUGAGGGCGCAGAGAACCAGGCGGCUUCGGCGCCGGGAAACAGCAAAGCCGACCCCCCGGGGCAAGACUGUCGAUCCCGCGAGCGCGCCCACCGCGCCAAAGUGUUGACUCUGGACAUCUACUUGAGUAAGACUGAGGUGGCGCGGGUGGACGAGCCGGUUGUGAUCAGUCCCGGGGCUGAAGAUUGCGGCGAUUGCGAAGAUAUGGAGAAGAGGUCGAGCGGCCGAAGGUCGGGGAGGCGGAGGAGGUCGCAGAAAUCCACCGAUUCCCCCGGUGCUGACCCGCCGCUGCCUGACUGCGAGCCCCGGAAUGACGCGGUCUUCGACAAUGAGGUGGCGCCAAACGCGGCCGCCGAGAACGGCUCUGCUGAAAAGAAAGUGAAAUCUCCCCGGGCUGCCCCCGACGGGGGCGUUGCCUCUGUUUCCGGACUAGAGUCCAAGCCCAGCCCCAACCCCAAGGGGCAGCCGCUAGGGGAGUCGGAGCGGAGCAAGCAGCCGCCGCCCGCCUCGUCCCCCACCAAGAGGAGGGGCCGGAGCCACGUUCCGGAGGCCGUGCCCACCUCACCCGCCGGCGGCCCGCGGGCUCCGGCCAAGGACUCCCUUCCCAGGAGGGCGUCCGGCCCCGGCCCGGCCGCCAAGGAGAGCGGGGAGGAAGCGGCCCAGGUCAUCCACCGCAAGCUUAUGGUCAAGAGCAGCUCGCUGCCGUCCGAGAUCAAGCCCGAGACCAAGAGGGGGCCGCUCCCCAACCUCUUCGACGGCCGGGGAGAGGGAAGUCGAAGCAAAGAGCUGGGCAGAUCGGUCGGAGCUUCUGACGCCGACGGCUUGAAGCCCAGGACCCAUUUCGGUGUGGGCAAGUGGACAGUGACCACUUCAGUGACCAUCCCUGCCAAGCCCAAACAUGUGGAACUAAAUCUUAAAACCCCUAAGAAUCUUGGCAGUUUGGGAAAUGCGCAUAAUCCAUUUAGCCAGCCAGUUCACAAAGGAAACACUGCCACCAAAAUCUCCUUAUUUGAAAACAAGCAGGCAAACAAUAGCCCAAGACACGCUGACCUUCGAGGUGUGAGGAACACUCCUGCCUCUAAUAAAACAUUUGUCGAGAGGGCACAGCUGAAUUUAGCCAAAAAAGCCAAGGAAAUGGAGGAGCCCGAAAAGAAGUUGAUGCCAAAUAGUCACCAGAAUGGUGUGCUGGGGAAGGAAACCUCGGCAGAAGCCAAAGUUACUGUUCCUGAAGAGGAGACUCCUGGUUCUUGGCUUAACCAAGGUGAUAAGGUAGAUGGGCAAACAGAUGCUGGCUGCCCUUCUGAACCAGUGCUUACUGCUCUGAUUCCUGUUAAGGACCACGAGCUCUUAGGAGAGGACAACUCAAAGGCUGACAGCAAAAGACUUGAACGUGAAAAUAUGACUGAUACAGCACAAGACAGCCCUGACGUUCUUGAGGCCAAAGAUUCACCUCCAACAGCCAUACCAAAGCCACAGGAUGGAUUUUCUGACUCACAGCACCCAGCUGGGUCAUCUAAUGGGCCUUCUCUUUCACUGGCUGCCCCCAUUCCUGUGGAUGAUCCCAAAGACACAUGUGCUCAAGCUCCUGUAAGCAGUUUUCUGUGCACUGAUCUAAAAGUGUCAGAAAACCAUAAUGGAUGUACUCUGCCUGUGUCUCAUCAGAAUAAUGAGAAGAUGUCCCCCUCCAGACUUGCAGGAGGAGGAGGGGGAGAAAGAAGCCCUCCUUUGUCCCCAGAGCACAGCCUGGCAGCUAUGGGAAAUGAGUGUCCAUCCAAGGUCCUUGUCCAGGUCAGGUCCUUCGUGCUCCCUGUGGAGAACACCAAGGAUGUCCACUCUGGGAUCAUCUCAGAUAGCUCUGAAGUUAGAGAAGCACAGUUGCCAAGCUGUCACAAUAAUGAACUUGAAGUGGUUUCCGUUGCAAGUCGUACUCCCCAGAAAGAGGAAGUACAGGGCAAUAAGAGCACAUCACCCAAACACAUUCACUGCACAGAGGAGCACGUAGCAAAAUCUGGCCCACAAGUCAUGCCGCCCGAAUCAGAAAAAACUCUGCCUAUUCGGGGCAACGGAAAACCCGUGAAGACUGAAUCCAGCACCACCAACUACCCUGGCAACAGAAAUCAUUUAGAAACCCCUCAAAGACCCAAUCAAAAUGUUGUAAAUGGCCAGGACAGUCCUGCCAGCCUUUUGAACAUUUCUGCUGGUAGUGAUGAUAGUGUAUUCGAUUCUUCUUCUGAUAUGGAAAAAUUCACUGAGAUUAUAAAAAAGAUGGACAGCGCAGUUUGUGUGCCCCAGAAGAAAAAGAAGGCCAGGAUGCCAAACUCCUCUGCCCCUCACUUCGCCAUGCCUCCUAUUCAUGAGGACAAUUUAGAAAAGGUGUUUGAUCCCAAUGUGUUUACCUUUGGUUUGGGUAAGAAAAAGGAAGGCCAGCCAGAAAUGUCACCAGCUUUACCUCUGAUGCAGAAUCUUGACACCAAAUCCAAACUGAGACCCAAACGUUCAUCCACUGAACAGAGUGUCCUUUUCAAGUCCUUGCAAACUCGCACUAGUGGGAAAGGCGAGCCUCUGGCGGCUCCAGAAGUAAAUGACAAGGAGAACAAGGAUGUCACAAACGGUGGAGUCAAGAGAUCGAGGCUAGAAAAAAGUGCACUUUUCUCAAGCAUGUUAUCUUCUUUACCACAAGACAAAAUCUUUUCUCCCUCUGUAACAUCAGUCAAUACCAUGACCACAUCUUUCGACACCGCUCACAGCAGUUCUCUUUCUCGGCCUUCCGUGUUACAGCCCGUGGCUGAGGGUGCCCCACCCUGUGGUUCAGAGAAAGAACAGCCAAGUCUGCCACCCAGCAACAUAAAGGUCUUCAAUUUCAACUCGUCAGAUACGUCUCAUUUGGGAUUGGAAAGUCCGAGCUCCGUGGAAAAGUACCUGCAAAAAGAGGAAAACAGAAAAGAUCUGGAUUCACGAAGCAACCUACCCGUGCCAAAAACUACAUUUUCUGAAUUUUCAAAACUGAGGAACAGUGGUGAUAUGGAAAAGGCUAAUCAUAUUGAAAGUGUUCUUAAAUCGAACUUGCCGAGCUAUGGAAGCAGUGACACAGACUUCCCGGGUCUUUUCAAAUCCACCCUGUUUGACCCAAGCAUUUCUUUUUCUGGAAUGUCAUUAUCAGAUACAACAACACUUAAAGGAAGUGUCCAGAAUAAAAUCAAUCCCCGACCUGGAAAGGUGGUGAUAUACGGUGAACCCGACGUCUCAGAGGAGUGCAUUGAAGUGUUCAGUGACGUUGAGGAUUGCAGCUCUUGGAGCCUCUCUCCGGUGAUACUCAUAAAAGUUGUUAGAGGAUGCUGGAUUUUGUACGAGAAACCAAAUUUUGAAGGACACUCCAUCCCCUUAGAAGAGGGAGAAUUGGAACUGUCUGGUCUCUGGGAUAUAGAAGAUAUUUUGGAGAGAAACGAUGAUGAGGCAGAGUCGGCUAAGCCUGUGGUGAUUGGUUCAAUCAGACUUGUGGUCCAGGAUUACAGAGUUAGUCAAAUCGACUUAUUUACUGAACCAGAUGGGUUAGGACUUCUAAAUUCCUACUUUGAUGAUAUUGAAGAAAUGCAGGGGUUUGGUAUGAUGCAGAAGACUUGUUCCAUUAAAGUACAUUGGGGCACAUGGCUGAUUUACGAAGAGCCUGGAUUUCAGGGUGUCCCUUUUAUCCUGGAACCUGGUGAAUACCCUGACUUAUCCUUCUGGGAUACAGAGGAGGCGUACAUUGGAUCCAUGCGGCCUCUGAAAAUGGGUGGCCGUAAAGUUGAAUUCCCUAUAGAUCCAAAGGUAGUUAUUUAUGAAAAGCCUUUCUUUGAAGGAAAAUGUAUGGAACUAGAAAAAGAGGUGUGUAAUUUUAUCAUGGAAGGAGGUGAAACAACUGGAAAUGAACAUUUGCCCCUUACAUCAGUGGGAUCUAUGAAAGUUCUAAGAGGCAUUUGGGUUGCUUAUGAGAAGCCUGGCUUUACUGGUCAUCAGUAUUUGCUUGAAGAAGGAGAAUAUAAGGACUGGAAUGACUGGGGAGGCUACAGUGGAGAACUUCAGUCUUUACGACCUGUAUUAGGUGAUUUUUCAAAUGCUCACAUGAUAAUGUACAAUGAAAAAAACUUUGGAUCCAAAGGUUCCAGUAUUGAUGUGUUAGGAAUUGUUGCUAAUUUAAAGGAGACUGGAUACGGAGUGAAGACACAGUCUGUUAACGUACUGAGUGGAGUAUGGGUAGCCUAUGAAAAUCCUGACUUCACAGGAGAACAGUAUGUACUGGAUAAAGGCUUUUAUACCAGCUUUGAGGACUGGGGAGCCAAAAAUUGUAAGAUCUCUUCUGUUCAACCCAUAUGUUUGGAUUCUUUCAGCAGCCCAGGGAGACAAAAUCAGAUUCACUUGUUUUCGGAACCACAGUUUCAAGGUCGCAGUCAGUGUUUUGAAGAAACAACAAGUCAAAUUGAUGAGUCAUUUUCUGCCAAGUCUUGCAGAGUUUUAGGAGGCAGCUGGGUUGCAUAUGACGGAGAAAAUUUCUCGGGUAAUCAGUACGUGUUGGAGGAAGGCCACUAUCCUUCACUGUCUGCAAUGGGAUGCCUGCCUGAAGCAACUUUCAAGUCUGUUCGUUUUAUAGAUGUCGAAUUUUCUGAACCAACAAUUAUUCUUUUUGAAAGAGAAGACUUCAAAGGAAAAAAGAUUGAAUUUAGUACAGAAAUAGUUAAUCUCCAAUCCCUAGGAUUCAACACGCACAUACGCUCUGUUCAGGUGACUGGUGGCAUAUGGGUUACUUAUGAAUAUGGCAAUUACAGGGGUCGACAGUUCCUACUGUCACCAGCAGAAGUACCUAAUUGGUAUGAAUUCAGUGGCUGUCGCCAAAUAGGUUCUCUACGACCUUUUGUUCAGAAACGAAUUUAUUUCAGACUUCGAAACAAAGCAACUGGAUUAUUCAUGUCAACCAAUGGAAACUUAGAGGAUCUGAAGCUUCUCAGAAUACAGGUCAUGGAGGAUGUCGGUGCUGAUGAUCAGAUUUGGAUUUAUCAAGAAGGAUGCAUCAAGUGCAGGAUAGCAGAAGACUGCUGCCUGACCAUCGUGGGGACCCUAGUAACCUCUGGCUCUAAACUGGGCCUGGCGCUCGAACAGAACGUCGACAGUCAGUUCUGGAGCAUGAAGUCUGAUGGCAGGAUCUAUAGCAAGCUGAAGCCAAAUUUAGUUUUAGAUAUCAAAGGGGGUACACAGUAUGAUCAAAAUCACCUUAUCCUCAACAGUGUCAGCAAAGAGAAGUUAACACAGGUGUGGGAAGCCAUGGUCCUAUAG